GAAGCUCCCUCCAUCAGCAACAACUUGAACAGCAAUUGGAUCGAUUGCUCCAAGCUGUCCUGGAUUGUCCAGCCCACAACCAACCCUUCAUCCCAAGGCUCCUUUCGGGUCCGAUCGGUGUGCAUAGUUGUCCGCACCUCUGUCCUGCUAUAUCAAUGCAUUGCAGCAAGAUGCUCACCCCGACAGCGACAACCAUGCUUCGCGCGGGCGCCCGCCGCUCGCCCGCUGCUCUGCAACCAACCUUGUUGCGCGCCGGCCUGAUCCUCUCCCCGCUCUCGGUGGCGAUGACGACGACCCCUUCCUCGAAGCAAACACAGAUCCGCUCCCUCUCAAGCAACCGGCCAAGCCCGGCCUCCCUCGUGAUCCAGUACCGCGCAGAACCACCGCGCCGCAACACCUCGACCCGGCACCAAACCACACACUUAGCCGCCACGCCAGACGCCGAAGCCGACGCCAACGCAGCGGCGGCAGCAGCCAAGGCCGCGGCCUCGGCUCACCCGGAGCAGGUCGUCCUCGACUGGAACACCUUCUUCCAGUUGCGCAAGGCGCGGCGGCGGUGGCAGACGGCCUUCAGCGUGGUUGGGGCGCUCGCGAGCGGAUCAUCCGGAGCGUUGGUGCUGAGCUCGGGCAUGGCGGACAGCGUGGUGGGCCAGAUCCCGCUGGACCCGUUGAUCACGCUGGGCCUGAUGACUAUGAGCUUCGCCGCGCUCGGCUGGCUGGUCGGGCCGAGCCUCGGUUCGGCGGUCUUCAACGCUCUCAAGAGCAAGUACAAGGGCCCGAUGGCCGUCAAGGAGAGCGAGUUUUUUGCGAGGAUUAAGAAGCACCGUGUGGACCCGAGCGCGAGCUCGGUGCGGAAUCCGGUACCCGAUUUCUAUGGCGAGAAGAUCUCGAGCGUUACUGGCUACCGGCAGUGGUUGAGGGACCAGAGAGCGUUCAACAAAAAGAAGGAGGGCUCGUUGGUAUAAAGGUACAAAAGUAUGAUGUCGGUACUUGUCUUGAUGAGCGGAGAAUGCUGCGGCAUGGUUCACAGUCUGUAUGGGCAAUUGGCACCGGUUGUAUCCCCCUUUUUGUCCCUCGUGUUGUUUAUCCAAGAUCUGCGGGCGUCCAGGGGCUCUCGGUUGUAACAUAGUGGGCAUCUCCAAACAACCAGCAAAAGUCUCCCCUUGAUAACUCGUGCCGUCUACCCUUGAAUUUCGCCCCUCGAAGGCGGCCACACACUAUUCAAGUUCCUUAAACACAUCCUUGUGUCAUAUGAAUGGAAAGCUAGGAUCGACAUCCUGCUUCCAUGCUCUCAUCCCUCCAACAACAUCCACAAUCUUCCUUUUCCCCCCAUUA